AUGGUGAAUCACGAUAAUACAGAUACAACAACAGCGAUUAAUCUUGACAGUGAUUGGCGGUAUACUCGCGUACCUAAUACAUCUUCUUACGAGCCGGAUUUCAUAUCUCUAUCAUAUGAUGAUCGAGAUUGGACACAGAUUCAAUUGCCACAUCACGAUGAUAAAAAGCUACAACAAAAAUUUACUUCCACAUGUGUUUCGUAUUGGUAUAGGAAAAGGUUUGACUUAGGAAAAAAGUACGAUUCUCAUCAACAAUUUUACCUGCAUUUCGAAUACGUUUCGACCAAUCAGAGAGACAAUGACGAGGAGUCCAGUGUCAAAAUACCUGCAGUGAUCGUAUGGUUGAAUGAAAAAGAAAUCUUCUCGAGUACUCUCCCACAACCAAUUUGUUUGACACAACAUUUGAACCGCGAUUCCAAUAACCUGCUGGUCAUCUAUUCGAAACAAGGAUAUCGACUUCGGUUGCAUGCUCGAUUACUUCUACCAUCACGUUUAGCCGGUCAAAUCGAUCUCGAUGAUCUGCAUGAAAACUCAGCCAGAAAGUUACGUGGCAACCGUCUUGAUUACGCUGCGAGCUUCGACGAUUCCGAUGGACUCAUUGCACUCUUUAUUCACGCACUAAAAAAGCAUGCGAAAAAGAAUGGCAUCGACUAUGAUGAUCAUCACGAUCAGGCACCCGAUGACGAUAAAGAACAUUUAAAAAAUAUCGAACAUGAUAAGAUUGUUGAAGUUAAAACUGAGAUCCAUGGACCUAUACCACGUCUGGCUAUCGUUAUACUGAUCGUUGGUACGCGUGGUGAUGUUCAACCAUUCAUCGCUCUUGCCAAAGCAUUGCUCGCUUGUGGACAUCGAGUUCGUCUCGCUACACAUGAAACAUUCAGGAAAUUCGUGCGAGAGAACGGAAUCGAGUUCUAUCCAUUGGCGGGCGAUCCUGCUGAUCUGAUGUCGUUCAUGGUGAAGAACGCUGGAAUUGUUCCAUCAGUGAGUAGUAUUGUGGCUGGUGAUAUUGGGAAAAGUCGUCGCGUAAUCGGUGAGAUACUUGCGUCAACAUGGAAAGCAUGUAUUGAAGACGACGAUGAAACAGGUGUACCAUUCGUUGCUGAAGCAAUCAUUGCAAAUCCACCAUCGUACGGUCAUAUACACUGUGCACAGAAGUUGCAAAUCCCACUACACAUCGUAUUCACUAUGCCUUGGUCGCCGACAAUUCAAUUUCCACAUCCGUUCAUUAAAGUUGAUUACAAUCGAGCGCCGAUAGAUAGAAUCAAUAUGUUAUCAUACGAUCUAGUAGAAGUAUUGACAUGGUCUUGUAUGCGUAACAUUAUCAACGAGUUCCGUGAGGACACACUUGGUUUACCUCUUUUGCAUACACGCCAAGCUGUUGGAAUCAUGAUGGAUGAGCAUGUUCCACACACUUACUGUUGGUCACCUUCACUUGUCCCCAAACCUUCGGAUUGGCCCACACAUAUCGAUGUAUCCGGAUUUUUCUUUCUCAAUCUUGCGACAAAUUAUAAACCGCCUGACGAUUUGCUGCGUUUCCUGAAAAAAGAUCCACCGCCGAUCUAUAUUGGUUUUGGCUCUAUUACUGGUCAUGAUUCAGCUCGAAUUUUGCAUGUUGUAUUGGAUGCCUUGGAACAAACGGGAUACCGAGCUCUAUUAUCUGGCUUCGAUGUCGAUAAAAAUAAAUUAUCCGAUAAUAUCUUGAAAAUUGACAAUUGUCCACAUGAUUGGUUGUUUCAGCAUGUAUCAGCUGUUUGUCAUCAUGGCGGUGCAGGUACAACUGCAGCUGGUCUACGCGCCGGAAAACCAACGAUCAUUGUUCCCUUCUUUGGUGAUCAGUUCUUCUGGGGAAAUAUGGUCAGUAAAAGUGGUGCAGGGCCUGUACCAGCGCCUGGUAAAACCGUCACCGCCAAACAGUUAGCUGAUUCCUUCAAAUUCGUACAUGAUCCGGCAGUACAAGAGGCUGCUCAGAAAAUAAGCGCUAAUUUUCAACGUGAAAACGGCUGUGAAGUUGCUGUUCGAUCUUUCCAUGCACAUCUUCCACUGAGUAAAAUGCGUAGUGAUCUGGAGCCGUCAUAUGCUGCAUGUUUUCGUUUGAAUGAGUACGACUUACAAAUAUCGCGUCCUGUUGCUCAAGUUCUUGUUACUGCUGGUCUAAUUGAGGAAUCGCAAUUAUCGUCGAAUUCAACUUAUACUUGGUUGACACUAACGCCCAGUGGUCAUUUCCAAGCAUUUACUCGGAGUGUUAAACGUGCAGUUUCGAAAAUUACAGAUUCGAUGCAUCGCUUGAAACGAUCGAGAAGUUCAAGUUCAGCUGCGAGAAGAUCAUCUAAUGAUCCACAAAAUAAUGGUAAACUUGAUAUGAUUUCUGUAGGGCAGCCAUUUAAAGAUGAGAUAUCUCUGUACGGUAAAGCAGAAGUUCAACUGAAAGAAAAAGAGGCGACGUCAUCGUCAACAGAUAAGAAUGAUAAACGCAGUGUUCAUUAUGGUGCUAGUACUGCUGCUGUGGGAAAACCGUCCACUCGCAAUCGUCCACAUAGUGUGAGCAAUCUUGGCGCAUCUCCUACUGUUCGUUUUGCAGAUAAAAAAGUAACGAAACCACAAACAAAUAAUAAUCGUCCACGAGCGACCGAGAAGACUCAACGUUCAAUCUUAUCGAAAGCGAAACCACCCACAGAGUCAACAGCAAACAAAUCUCUUGAAGAAAAAGCGGCAGAAACAUCUGGUUUUUCUGUUGUUGUAUGUAAACAGAUUAUUGCUGAUUUCACGAAAAUUCGACAAGACCACCGACAAGCAAAUGCGAACGAGAAGUCCAUACGUCAACUCAUGCUCUUGGGUCCAUUACAUCGAUCACGAAGUCGUUCGAAAGGAAAACUAGAUGGCUAA